AUCUUUCGUCAGCAGUGGAGCUGGCCACCCGCCUGGGCCUGCCAGUGGAGCCCUCUAAGGUGGAAGGCCCCUCUACGACUCUCACUUUUCUGGGCAUAGAAAUAGAUACAGUAUCCAGGGAGCUCCGCCUACCAAGAGACAAGCUACUCCGCCUCAAAGGAAUCAUAGAAGAGUGGAGGGUAAAGGCAACCAAGAAGUCGUCAGUGACAAAACAUCAGCUCGAUGUCUUGGUGGGCCUCCUCUCGGAUGCAGCUCAGGUUGUUCCUGCAGGAAGACCGUUUAUAAGGCAACUGAUAGAUGCCAAGUCGGAGCUCAAACGGGCUUCUCACUUUACGAGGCUUAGCCCAGGCUGUAAAGCCGACAUAUUUUGGUGGUCGGCCUUUAUGGAGGAAUGGAAUGGCACUGGCCUAUUCCCAACUAGAACCAUAGGACCAGUGAUCACAGCGGACGCUUCCGGCUCCUGGGGCUGUGGUGCAUUCUUGGAGGGGCCUUGCUUUUGGUUCCAGGUUCAGUGGCCAUCAGAGUGGAGCCAAGUGAAUAUUGCCGCUAAGGAGCUUUUUCCCUUAGUGGUAGCUAUAGCCAUCUGGGGGCCCCAGUGCAAGGACUCCCAAAUAUGCCUCAACUCGGACAACCAAGCAGUGGUGAGCGCUCUCGCCACUCGCUCAGCAAAGGACCCUUUUCUGUCCCACCUCCUACGCUCUCUCUUCUUCUUCCUAGCUCAUUACAAUAUAAGCUACAGAGCUCAGCAUAUAGCAGGCUCCCAAAUCCCCCUCUCCAAUCCCAGGCUCGCUGCUGUCAAUGCUCCUCGACAUCAAGCUACAGUGGACCUCCACACACUGGAAGGAGCUGUUCAGGGCUUCUUUAGAAAGGGUCUAGCUGACAGCUCGGCCUCUUCAUAUGCCACGGCUCAGAGACGCUUUUUAUCUUUCUGUGCAGAAUGUAACAUCACCCCACUGCCACUUUCUGAGCACACUCUAUGUCUGUUUGCUGCCUUUCUUGCAAAUCAGGGGCUGCAGGCUAGGACCAUCCAAGCCUACCUCUCAGCCCUAAG